AACCUGCACCCUGACCCCCUUUGCAAAGUGCCCGCGAGGCUCGGACCCCCCGAAGCAAAUCAGGGCCCUCGUGUCAGGCGCUGCACAAACGCAGCAGCUGCUUGGGUGAGAAAGGGAAACCGAGGUAUGGACGGGUGCGGCAGGACCCCCGUCCCAGCCCAUGUGGGAGGGAGGCAUCUGAGCACUGCAGCACAGGAGAGGGGCUGAGCUGUGGCUGGGGGAUGCCAGCGCUGGGCACGUGUGGUCUCCUGGGGUGACACGAGUCAGCCAGGUCUUAGCAACACCCUCCACUCAGAUGGUCUCGGCUGGGGCAGCUCGGGGGGCGGGGGGGUACCAGGGGAGGUGCCCCCAACCCGCUGCCUGAAGGCCCAGGUCCCAGCACCCCUAGCAGGAAACGCCCCCCACCGGGCUGAGCACCCCAGGGAUGGUCCCAGCAUCCCAGCCCUCUCCAGCUGCCCAUCCUGCCUCCCAGCCGGCUGGCGCGGGCACCCCACCAGCGAAGGGUCCUGGGGGCAGGCUGUAACUGGUAAGCCUCAAUGCCCCCCUUGCCAGCCCGGCUGCCCCCUCCCAAGCUCCGCGGCCUGGCCUGAUCGCUGCCCCCCCCCCGCCGCCCGUUGGGACGUGCUGACCCAAGCAGGGCACGUCCCGCGCCCUGGGCAGCCCAGGGGGCCGGGAGCCUGGAGCGAGCCGCAGGGGGGAUUGGGAGCAGCCGGGGCUGUGGGACAGAUGGAGGCAGGGGCCCAAAGCAGGAUAAAAGGUUUACACUAAGCACCCGGCCCGGCUCACGGGUAAGGCGCUUAGGGGCUGGGCCUAGGAGCCGGCAUGGCUGGAGGUGACCUGGGGCUGAAUCAGAGACACCGGUAACCUUAGCCCGGCCCCACGCCCAGGCCACCCCCCGCGGCUCCAGUGUCUUUGCCCCACGGCUGGAGCCCGCAGGUGCCCCCGGCGGUGCCCACCCCGUCCUCCCGGGCCCAGCGCGGUAGCGUCCCGCGGCGCCGCCGAGCCCCAUUGUCUAGCUCGUCAACCCCUUCCCUUUGUGGCUUAAGCUGGCGGGCGGCGAUUGGCUGCUCCCGCGGCCCGGAGCUCAUUGAAAUCUGGGAGCGCGCUGUAAUCCUAGCUGCGCCUAAUUAAACCCGGCUGCGGCGCCCCAGCCGGCACAGUCGCUGCUGGCUCGCGCUCCCCCCUGGCACGCCGGAGCGGGCGAGGUCAUCCUGCCGGCGGCGGCCGGGGGGGCCGGGGAGGCAACGCCCGCGCCCCCGCCGGUGGCACUGGCACUGCGAGCGGCAGAUCGGAUGCCGGCGAGCGAGGCUGCGCCAGGCCCAGCGCUGCCCCGCCACCGCCGCUGCGACCUCCUGGGCUGAGCCACCCGCUCCGCCGUGCGGGCCCCGCGCCGGAAGAUGCCCACCAACGGCAUCCACCAGGUGCUGAAGAUCCAGUUCGGCCUCAUCAACUGCGAGAACCGGUACCUGACGGCCGAGAGCUUCGGCUACAAGGUCAACGCCUCGGCCCCCAGCCUCAAGCGCAAGCAGAUCUGGACCCUGGAGCAGGACGAGGGCGACGGCUCCGUCGUCUUCCUCAAGAGCCACCUGGGCCGCUACCUGGGGGCUGACAAGGACGGGCAGGUGCGGUGCGAGGCGGAGAAGCCGGGCUGCGCCGAGCGCUUCGCCAUCAUCACGCAGUCGGACGGGCGCUGGGCGCUGCAGUCCGAGCUGCACAAGCGCUUCUUCGGGGGCACGGAGGACCGGCUGUCCUGCUUCGCCCAGGUGGUGACCGAGGCCGAGCUGUGGACCGUGCACCUGGCCAUCCACCCCCAGGCCAACCUGCUGAGCGUCAGCCGACGCCGCUACGCCCACCUGAGCCCGCAGGAGGACGAGAUCUCCACCGACAGCAACAUCCCGUGGGGCGUGGACGCGCUCAUCACCCUCUGCUUCCAGAACAAGAAGUACUGCCUGCGCACCUGCGACAACCGCUACCUGCGCCACGACGGCGCCCUGGUGCCCGAGCCCGACGCCCGCACCGGCUACACGCUCGAGUUCAAGGCCGGCAAGCUGGCCUUCAAGGACUGCGACGGCAAGUACCUGGCGCCCGCCGGGCCCACCGGCACCCUCAAGGCGGGGCGCAGCUCCAAGCCGGGCAAGGACGAGCUCUUCGACCUGGAGGAGAGUCACCCGCAGGUCGUCUUCCGGGCGGCCAAUGGCAGAUACGUCUCCAUCCGGCAAGGCGUUAACGUCUCGGCCAACCAGGACGAGGAGACGAACCAGGAGACCUUCCAGAUGCAGAUUGACAAGGAGACCAAGAAGUGCAUCCUGCACUCCAGUGCCGGCAACUACUGGACCCUGGUGGCCCAUGGUGGCGUCCAGGCCACCGCCACCGAAGUCGCUGCCAACACCAUGUUUGACAUCGAGUGGCGCGGGCGGCGGGUGGCCCUGAAGGCCAGCAACGGCAAGUACAUCUGCACCAAGAAGAACGGGCAGCUGGCCGCCGUCAGCGACGCCGCGGGGGACGACGAGGAGUUCACGCUGAAGCUGAUCAACCGGCCCAUCCUGGUGCUGCGCGGAGACCACGGCUUUGUGUGCUACCACCGCGGCUCCAACAUGCUGGACGCCAACCGCUCCGUCUACGACGUCUUCCAGAUCGUCUUCCACGACGGCGCCUACCAGAUCAAAGGCGCGGGUGGGAAGUUCUGGUACGUGGCGAGCAACGGGCUGGUGUGCAGCGACGGCGAGACGUCGGAGGACUUCUUCUUCGAGUUUCGGGAGCACGGGCGUGUAGCCAUCAAAGGCAAGAACGGGAAGUACCUGCGCGGGGACCCGGCCGGCACGCUCAAGGCCGACGCCGACACGGUGCCCCGCGCCACGCUCUGGGAGUACUGAGCUCCGCACCCGGCCCGGCCGGGGGGACGCCCUGCCCCGUGCGUGUGAUUGCAGUGACCCUGCCAGGCACUGGCCUCGCUGCACCCGCAGGGAGGGGGACGCCCCUGCCCGUGCCCCCGACCCUAGAGCACAGAUGCUGCCCCUCGGCCCCCGCUCUGGGGCGGCCGCUGCUUGCUAGAUGGCACCGUGGGGUGGGGGCAGGUGCAGAGCUAGCUAGUCCCUGGGUAGGCCCCGGGCACGGGGGUAUUGGGGGGUGUUGCAAUGCAGCCAGGGGGGGCAGGGGCCGAGAGUGGUAGAAGCCCCCCACAAGCCGCUGUGGCUGCCCGCGUGCCCCACGCUCCUCAUUAAAACCCAGUUGAGUGGCACCAAGCCGAGGGG